AUGCCUCGCGGAGACCGACGAGGAGGCGGAGGACCGCCCAGCCGCGAAGUUACAGUUUCCAAGGCGCUGAGUUAUCUCCUCCGCCACGCUGCCGAGCGCGAGGGGUUAAAGAUUAAUAGCCAGGGAUAUGCAAAUGUUGCGGAUGUGCUCGCAUGGCGAAAACUCAAAUCGCUCAAGGUUACGUUCCCCGAGAUUGUAGACGCCGUCGAGACAUCGGAUAAGAAGCGGUUCGCGCUGCUGUAUGCGCCGCAGACAGAUCCUACAUCUAUAACUACAACUACCGAAUCAGAAGCUGCAGCCGAAGAAGCGACGUCACAAGAAACCGCAACCGCAAAAGCCCUAGCGGCCUCGACCACCGACUCAACAGCCUCCAACUACCUCAUCCGCGCCACACAGGGACAUAGCAUAAAGAGCGUCGAGGCCGAAGCUCUCCUCGAGCGACUUACGCUCGACCAGCCGGAUAAAUUACCCGAGACAGUUGUGCACGGCACGUUCCACUCUGCGUGGCCGCUGAUUCUGGAGUCCGGUGGGUUGCGCUGCAUGGGCAGGAACCAUGCGCAUUUUGCGACGGGGCCGAGUCUGAGUUCUGCACUUGAGGGGAUUGAGAAAGUGAAGUUGAAUGGACCGGCAGGCAACCAUAAAGUGGAAGAGAGUGCAAAGGUGAUAUCUGGAAUGAGAGGGGAUGCGCAGGUCUUGAUUUAUAUUGAUCUACGGAGGGCGCUGGAGGCGGGUUGUCCGUUCUGGAGGAGCGAAAAUGGGGUUAUACUGAGUGAGGGGAUGAGUAUUUCUGGGACAGAGAAAGAGGCAAAGCUGAUUCCAAUCAAGUUUUUCGAUGUUGUCGUUGAAAGGAGGAAAGGGUUAGGGAAGAUCUGGGAGGGCGGGGAGGUGCUGCAGACUUUGCCGGAGGAAUUGACGAGUCGAAGAAAUCCCAAGGGGAAUCAGGGAGGGAAGAAAAGAAGAUAA